AGUGUAGGACAGAAGCAGCUUGUAAAGUCUUGCACAGCUCUCAUCAUAAACUUGCAUCGUGAAGUGUGGAGUUCCUGUUUAUAUUGUUCCCUGUCUCCUCUUACUUGCCGGUUUUCAACCAAUAGGAUCAAUAAGCUUUAAACAGCUGUGCUUUAAUGUCAGUACUGCGCAUGCGAUGCUGACAAUCUAAUAUUUAAAUUAAGGGGCACAGCAGCUUUGCCAUUGGUUGGGGGGCGGAUGCUGGAUAAUAUGAGCCAUGCCUCAUUUCAUGGGCAGUCAUUACCGCACAUUUUAUGACAAAUUAUCCUUUAAAAUUAAGAUUUCAGAAUGGUUGAGAACUCCCCUUCCCCUCUGCCGGAGAGAGCUAUAUAUGGAUUUGUCCUUUACUUGGGAUCUCAGUUUGUAUUUUUUCUUUAUCUGACUUGGGCUUAUGUUCCAGAAUCCUGGUUACACUCAUUGGGACUCACAUACUGGCCCCAAAAGUAUUGGGCUGUGGCAUUGCCUAUGUAUCUCGUUGUUACAUUAGCCAUUGCCUAUUUAUUUCUAUUUGGUGUGAAUAUGAUCAGCACAGCACCUUUGGACUCCAUAAACACUGUGACUGAUACAUAUGCAAAAAAUCAACAAUCCAAAGAAUCACAAGAUGAUGCAAUUCCAGCGCUAAAAGAUCUUCCAAUAAGUGAAGUCAAUAAAAUGUUUUUCCUACCAGGUGGAGCCUAUGACACCAGGGACCAUUUCUUUUAAAAAGUGUUUGUGGGGAUUUUUUUUUAUUUUAAAAGGACAAAUUAUUGUAUUUAUUUUGACAUUUUUUCAUAUUUAAAUUGUGGUUUGUUUGUUUUUUAAAAUGUGUUCUGUUUCAUAAGGUAUUGAUGGUGAGGAGAAGUCUGGGGAGAUUAAAAUCAAAGUGAUACUCCUUAAAGGAACAUAUUACUUAAAAUGUUUUUAUUGUGUAUAUGAAAAAGCAGCAAAUAUGUUUAUUUUCACUUGAAAAAUAAAAAAACAGAUACUGUAACACAUCUUGAAAAAUUCUACUUUUGAUGGAACAGAGAAAUGUUUUGAGUAUCAUGUCCCUUUAAAAAUAAUUUCUAGGCAACUUUUAUGGACACAUUAUUUCUAUGGAAAUGUAAUUACUGCGUUAAGUUUUUCUUGUUUCCUUAAUUUUUGGAACAAAUGUAUUCAUUAUAUUACACAUGAAUAUUAAUUAUGACAAGUAACAUAAAAGAUAGAAUGAAAAAAAAUAUGUAUAGUAAAUAUUGACAUAUUCUUGUACUUAUAUUCUUCAGCCAUUAAAAUCAUCGAUUUUACAGCA